AUGGGCAGAGGACGGCCCAGCCGGCUGCGGGGGCCGUGUUACCUCCGCGACUGGGAGAUGCAGGUGCAUUUUAAAAUCCACGGGCAAGGCAAGAAGAACCUGAACGGAGACGGCUUUGCCAUCUGGUACACCAAAGACCGCAUGCAGCCAGGGCCUGUCUUUGGAAGCAAGGAUAACUUCCUGGGCCUGGGAGUGUUCGUGGACACCUACCCAAACGAGGAGAAGCAGCAGGAGGCUCAGAAGAGGAGGUACAGCCCGGGAAACCAGCGCGUCUUCCCCUACAUCUCGGCCAUGGUGAACAACGGCUCCCUCCCCUACGACCAAUCUCUGCCUGGGGAGCUGGCAGACAACCACGACAUCAUUUCGCUGAAGCUUUUCCAGCUGACGGUGGAGCGGACGCCGGAGGAGGAGAAGCACGACAGAGAGGUGUAUCUGCCAGUGGUGGACAACCUGAAGCUGCCGGGAUUGGAGGCCCCGCUGGAGCCCAUGAGCGGCCUGGCUCUCUUCUUAAUUGUCUUCUUCUCCCUCGUUGCCAUCGUUUUCGCCAUCGUCAUUGGAGUCAUCGUCUACAACAAGUGGCAGGAGCAGAGCCGAAAACACUUCUACUGA